GGCCCCGGAGCCCCCCAGCCCCCGACGCCCAGGGACCCCUCAAAGCCCCUCCGACUCCGCGGCGACAUCCCCCCCCAUCACUGUCGUCAUGUCGCGACCGAUGACCGACGAGGACCGGCGGCGGCAGAUCAGCGUGCGGGGCCUGGCGGGGGCCGAGAACGUGGCGGAGCUGAAGCGCAACUUCAACCGGCACCUGCACUUCACCCUCGUCAAGGAUCGCAAUGUCGCGACACCGCGCGAUUACUACUUUGCGCUGGCCCACACCGUGCGCGACCACCUGGUGGGGCGCUGGCUGCGGACACAGCAGUACUACUACGAGAAGGACCCCAAGGUGGGGGAAAGGGGGGUCCCGGAGGGGUUUUGGGGGGCUGUGGGUCACUGUGGGUCCCCCCAGGCCUGGAACAUCACGGUUCGUACCUGUGCCUACACCAACCACACGGUGCUGCCCGAGGCCCUGGAGCGGUGGCCGGUCCAUCUCCUGGAGUCGCUGCUGCCCCGGCACCUGCAGCUCAUCUACGAGAUCAACCAGCGCUUCCUCGACCGUGUCUACGCCUCGUUCCCCGGGGACCACGACCGCCUGCGCCGGAUGUCGCUGGUGGAGGAAGGCGCCGUCAAACGCAUCAACAUGGCCCACCUGUGCAUCGUGGGGUCCCACGCCGUCAACGGCGUCGCCGCCAUCCACUCCCAGAUCCUCAAGGACAGCGUGUUCCACGAUUUCUACCAGCUGGAGCCCCAGAAGUUCCAGAACAAGACCAACGGGAUCACCCCGAGGCGCUGGCUGGUGCUGUGCAACCCUGGCCUGGCCGAGGUCAUUGCACAGCGCAUCGGGGAGGAUUUCAUCUCCGACCUGGACCAGCUCCGGCGGCUCCGGGACUUCGUGGACGAUGAGAGUUUCAUCCGUGACGUGGCCAAAGUCAAGCAGGAGAACAAGGCGAAGUUCGCGGCCUUCCUGGAGAAGGAGUCGGGGGUGCGGGUGAACCCGGCCUCGCUCUUCGACGUCCAGGUGAAGCGGAUCCACGAGUACAAGAGGCAGCUGCUCAACUGCCUCCACAUCAUCACCCUCUACAACCGGAUCAGGAAGGACCCCGGGAAAUCCAUCGUGCCUCGAACCAUCAUGAUCGGGGGCAAGGCAGCCCCCGGGUACCACAUGGCCAAGAUGAUCAUCCGGUUGGUGACGGCGAUCGGGGACAUCGUGAACAACGACCCGGCGGUGGGAGAUCGGCUGCGGGUGCUGUUCCUGGAGAACUACCGGGUGUCCCUGGCUGAGAAGGUGAUCCCGGCGGCCGACCUGUCGGAGCAGAUCUCCACGGCGGGCACCGAGGCCUCGGGCACCGGGAACAUGAAGUUCAUGCUCAACGGGGCCCUGACCAUCGGCACCAUGGACGGGGCCAACGUGGAGAUGGCGGAGGAGGCGGGCGAGCAGAACCUCUUCAUCUUCGGCAUGAGGGUGCCCGACGUCGAGGCGCUCGACAGACAGGGGUACCGCGCCCAGGAGUUCUACGACCGCCUGCCCGAGCUCCGCCAGGCCGUGGACCAGCUCAGCUCCGGCUUCUUCAGCCCCCGCCAGCCCGACCUGUUCCGCGACAUCGUCAACAUGCUCAUGAACCACGACAGGUUCAAGGUGUUCGCGGAUUACGAGGCGUACGUGAAGUGCCAAGAGAAAGUCAGCGCCCUCUACAAGGUGGGGACCCCCCCAAAAGGGACUCCCCCAAAAGGGACUCCGCAAAAGGGACCCCCAAAGUGA